AUGGUGAUGGCCUUUGAUUGGCAAGUCUUGUGGAACCAAGUCUUGGCCUUGGCCCUGAACCUGCAGAUUUGGUUCAUUCGCCAGGUACUUCGCAGGCCUGCUCCACCCCUUUUCACAACAAGCGCAGAACGGGCGAAAUUGCAGGCAGACAGUGAGGACCGAUGUGUGUGCAUCGAGAUCCUGGGGCCUGGAGGUGUGGACCAGCUGCGAGCUUCAUUGGAUUCUUGGGCUGUGUGCGGCUACAACUUGAUGAGGGACUUCGGCAGCCAGCGGUUAACGAGUCCUCCUAAGCCUCUCCGACCUGAUCUCGCUGUUGUGCGAAACAAGGCCUUCAGCAUCAACUACGCAGAUGUCUGCAUCCGAUGGGGUUUAUACGAGUCGGCGCUGCGCUUCGUGGGAUGGCCCAUCGUCCCAGGCUUCGACCUCGCAGGUGAGGUUGAGCUGGCGGGAGAGGACUCCGGCCUGGUCGCGGGCGAUCGGGUCUUCGGCUGCAGCUUCUUCGGUUCCUAUGCGACUCGCGUCGUGGUGCCCAGAACGCAGCUCCUGGAGAUGCCCGAGGGCCUGGGCUUCGAGGCGGCGGCGGCGCUGCCCUGCGUCUUUGCCACGGCGCUGCAUGCGGUGCACCUGGCUGGCGCAUGGCCCAACGAGCUGCUCGCCUCAGGCCGGGAUGCCUUGGUGCACUCGGCUGCAGGAGGGGUGGGCGACAUGCUUUGCCAGAUCCUGCGCAUCUGUGGGCUUCGCGUCAUCGGCGUCGUCGGGCAGCCAAGCAAGGUCAAGUCCUGCAAGGCGGAUGUGGUUAUCGACAAGUCAAGCGAUGAUUGGGUUCUUCGGCUCUUGGAGCUUCCAGAUCUUCAACUGACAGGCUCUCAGGCGAAAGCUCAGGUCAAAGCAGCCCAGCAACAUGCACCUAACGGCUACCGUGCCGUGUUCGACGCCAAUGGCGUUGCAACUCUUAAAAUGUCCUACGAGCUGCUGGGCAAGAACGGCCGCUUGGUCGUGUACGGCUUCCACUCCAACCUUCCCAAGUGCGAUGGGGGCUUGGGGAUGCUUUCGCCCUGGAACUGGCUCCGAAUGGCGGUGGACCUGGCCAGGACACCCCACUUCGAUCCCAUGGACCUGACGCUGGACACUAAGGCCGUGCUGGGAUUCAACUUGAGCUUCUUCGCCGACGAGACGGAGACUUGCGGGAAGUACUUCGCACAGAUGAGUGAAUGGCUAGACGCAGGUAAGAUCACAGUGCCACCGGUGCAAACAUUCAGCUUGUCAGCUGCACGAGACGCACACAAUGUUCUGACCUCCGGACGUAGUGUAGGCAAGCUGGUUGUGGAGCGGCUCUACGGCUUGUCAAAUCCGCAGGGGAAUCACGGUGAGGAUGUGAAGGAGCUCUACUACUACUUGGAUGCUACGCCCACGCACAGCUACAUGAAGAUGAUGUACAAGUAUCCGCAGGCUGAGUAUCCCUACGACGAGCUCCGGCGAGUGAACUUUGACAGAAAGAAGGACCCGCAGCUGCUGGAGUACGAGCUGCUGGACACUGGGAUCCUGGAUGACAACAAGUACUUCGACGUCGUUGUCGAGUACGCCCAAGCUGACCUGGACGACACCCUGGUGCAGGUCACGGCCUGGAACCGCGGGGCCACCGAGGCGGAGCUCGCCUUGCUCCCACAGGCGUGGUUUCGAAACACCUGGUCCUGGAAAGAGAGCCCCUCGAAGCCGAAGCCCACCAUGACCUAUGUUCCGGAGAAGCAGAGAAUAGAACUCACGCGCAGCCGCCACGCUUGA